AUGGCAGCUGCUGUCAUGCAACCACCUUCGGCUAUGUCUAUGGAUAGGGAGAUCAUGCCCCCUUCUCCUAUUUCCAACAACCAAUCUAGACAUGGUAGAGGAAAACAUGGGGGAAGUGUCUCCAGCAACAAGAAGAGUCGUCAGAGAGGCUACAGCAUUAUCGCGGAACGUGACUCUACUGUCACACGGGCCCUUACCAAGCUUCUAAAGCGUUUCUCAGAAGAAGACAACGAGCUUGAAGAGGGUACAGAGAAGUUUGUCGCCAGUGCUGAGGGCUGGCUUAGUUGUGAGAAAGUUCUCAAGAACCUCGAGACUCUUGAUCUCACUCUUCUGGAACUUCGAAAAAUCUUACAAUCCCCUUCCUCAAAGCCACGGUUCACCCUUAAAUCAAUUUCCUCAUCCGAGACUGAGUCAGACUCUCCAUCCGACUACCUUAUUCGUCUCAACACUCCUUCUACCCCCACAACUAUUACCCCAAGCAACAUAUCCAUGGCUUCUCUUGAGCUUAUCACCAUGUCGAGCGCAGAUCUACCCGACUUUGUCGUGUAUGAAACCUCCUACUCAAACUACCCCCUCAUCCUCGCUUCCGGAGGUAUCAGGAAAGCCGGCGGGCAAUCCCAUCUAUCAUUCACCAGUAUCUUUAUCUCGUCUGAUGCAACCGAAACUCGAACUCGUAUAUCCACAAAUAAGGAUGACGCCGAUGUAUCUAUCUACAUAUCUCUCAAAACCACUAUAGAAUCCAACCCACAGAUAAAAUGGUAUAGAAAUGGUAAUGGAGGAAUAGUCAGUGAAGGAGAUGACAAUGGUUUAAUGAGCAAGAGCGUAUGGAAAAAAGUCAUAGCAAGGAAAGUGGAUAUAGGAGUCCUAUUUGAGGAUGGAGUGGUGAAGAAGGAGGUCCCGGUUGGGCUGAGGGGAAAGGGUGUCAAGGGGAAGAAGUUGGGAAGGGGAAAGGGAAAUGGUUGGAAUAAGGAGAUGAGAGCAAGGAGUGAGGAUGAGACGAAGUCAAAUGAAGAUUAG